AUAAAAGGGUAUGUGGCUGCAGCUGCUGCUAUUUGGGUUUUUCCUUUGGCUUCAGUUUUAAUUCAGAAAACCUGCUCACCAGGGACUCCCUGCAGCUCUUUCGGGGGGCCCAGACCGCUGGCUCUCUCUCAAGGCUUCUGCAAAAGGAAGGAGUGGGUCUCUUCAGAGUCCCUCAGCGGGCAGCCUCUGCAGCCCGGCUGGUCUCUCGUGGUGAACAGCUCCAAGAUGAAGUCCCCCUGGAAUAUCCUUUUGGUGACUCCUCUGUUCUUACUCCUGCCGCUUCGCACCUCGGCCUCUCCAGCCUCUGAUGACUCCCCAAGCACCAGAAACCCCAAUGGCCACACCUGUCUAGCCUGUGUGGCGGUGGUAUCCGUGAUUGAACAGCUUGCUCAAGUUCACAACUCCACGGUGGAGACCUCAAUGGAGAGACUGUGCAGCUACCUUCCUGAAAAGCUGUUCUUGAAGACAACCUGCUAUUUAGUGAUAGAAAUGUUUGGACCAGACAUCAUAAAACUGCUUAGCACAGAUAUGAAUGCUGAUGUGGUGUGUCACACCCUGAAGUUUUGUAAGCAGGACCCUGGCCAACCAUUGUGUCAUCUCUACCCACUUCCCAAGGAGCCAUGGAAAUUUACACUAGAGAAGGCGAGACAGAUUGUCAAGAAGUCCCCAGCUCUGAAAUAUUCCAGAAGCAGUGCUGAUAUUUGUUCCCUCCCGUUUUUGGCCAAGAUCUGUCAGAAGAUUAAAUUAGCUAUAAAAAAUUCUGUGCCAUUCAAAGAUGUAGAUUCAGACAAAUACAGUGUUUUUCCAACGCUGAGGGGCUAUCACUGGCGAGGGAGGGAUUGCAAUGACAGCAACAAGAUGGCAUACCCGGGCAGGAGACCAGAUAACUGGGAUGUACAUGAGGAUUCAAACUGUAAUGGCAUUUGGGGUGUUGAUCCAAAAGAUGGAAUUCCAUAUGAGAAGAAGUUCUGUGAAGGUUCACAGCCCAGGGGAAUCAUUUUGCUAGGAGACUCAGCAGGGGCUCAUUUCCACAUCUCUCCCGAAUGGAUCACAGCUUCACAGAUGUCUUUGAAAUCCUUCAUCAAUUUACCAACAGCUCUUACCAAUGAGCUCAACUGGCCCCAAAUCUCUGGUGCUACUGGGUUUCUGGACUCCAUUAGUGGAAUUAAAGAAAAUUCUAUUUACCUUCGCUUACGGAAAAGAAACCACUGCAAUCACAGAGACUACCAGAAUAUUUCAAGAAAUGGUGCAUCUUCCCAAAACCUGGACAGACUUAUAGAAAGUUUGUCCAGAGACCCACUGUUGGAUCAUCCAGCCAUCAUUAUAUAUGCCAUGAUUGGAAACGAUGUCUGCAAUGGGAAAGCUGACCCAGUCCCAGAAAUGACUACUCCUAAGAAAUUAUACUCCAGUGUCAUGAAGACUCUGAAGUAUCUAAAUUCCCACCUGCCAAAUGGCAGCCAUGUUAUUUUAUAUGGCUUACCAAAUGGAACGUUUCUCUGGGAUAAUUUGCACAACAGAUAUUAUCCUCUCGGUCAGCUGAAUAAGGAUGUGACCUAUGCACAUUUCUACUCUUUCCUGAACUGUCUCCAGGUCAGCCCCUGCCACAGCUGGAUGUCCUCCAACAAGACACUCCGGAAUCUCACUUCAGAGAGAGCAAAACAACUCUCCAAUACACUGAAAAAUAUUGCAACCAGCCAGAAAUUUACGAACUUCGAUCUUUUCUAUGCAGAUUUUGACUUCCAAGAAGUGACAGAGGAGUGGCAGAAGAGAGGCGGGGAGCCCUGGCAGCUCAUUGAACCAGUCGAUGGAUUCCACCCCAAUGAGGUGGCUUUGCUGCUGUUGGCAGAUCGCUUGUGGAAGAAAGUGGAACUUCAUUGGCCCCAGGUUCUGGGAAAGGAGAAUCCAUUCAACCCUCAGAUUGAACAGGUGUUUGGAGAUCAAGGGGGCCACUGAGUGCCUUCAGGAUAUGCAUUCCUGGAAAGCUCAGUGAGGCAAAAACUUGGGUAAAUUCAUUCAACAAAUGGUUAUAGGGCUGCCAUUUGACAGACUCAUUGGUUCCUCCAGCAGCAACUUUGAAAAGUGAUUUUCUCUGAUUUUGGAGUGUAUCUAAAUGACAGCGUGAUUCUGUGUGUUUCAAGGAUCAGUUCCCUCCAAUUGACCUUCCAAGUAACCUUUAAUAAAGUGUUUUGGAUGCCAUU